GCGAGUCGGCGGCGGCGGUGCGGGCAGGCGCUGCGCGGCCGGCUGUCGGACGGACUGACGCGGGAACCGACCGACGGGCGGCCGGCGGGCGGAGGACGCACCUCGGCGAUCCCAGGUGACAGGGAGGCUGGGCCAGGCUGGGAACCAGCACUGGGUGGUGAUGGACGAUGUUGUCUGGCUGCUGACCGGGCCCCAGGAACAUGCCGGGCUGUGGCUGCCGCGUCCCGCCGCCUUCCCAUCUCUCGGCCUGUGGGGGCUCAGUGACCAGGAGCAGAGGACUGGCUUGAGGAAGUGACUCCUUGUGAUUGCUCCCUACCGGCUGCCGCUGUAUUUAGUAACACGUGGAGAGAUGGUCAAGUGGGGUGCCCUGCCGACCGCCCCGGUAGUUCCCUGCGCCUGUGAGGCCUGGAAACCUCUCUCUCCUUUCCAGCCUGAUUCCAGCGCCCACCAUGAAGGCAUUCACGGAAUUUUCUCCCAGCCCGCGCAGCCCCUCCAAGGAGCCCCCGGGAGCCCCGGCCGGCUGGGCCCCGCUGCCCGAGGACGUCGACAUGAGCAGCGGCUGCAGCGGAAACGAAGCCAACGACAGCUGCUCGGCGGGGCGGGCCUCGCGGGGCAGCGACGGCGACAGCGACGGGGCCGGGAAGGAGCUGCGGAUGCUGGUGGAGCCACCGCUGGGCCAGAGCCCAGAUGCCUUCAGCCUGGUGAUGGGGAAGUCCGCGCACAACCCCUCUACGAGCGGCUGCAGCAGUGAACAGUCUGCCAAAGCAGACACACAUAAAGAAUUGAUAAAAACGCUGAAGGAGCUGAAGGUCCAUCUCCCUGCAGACAAGAAGGCCACGGGGAAAGCCAGCACGUUGGCAACCUUAAAGUACGCCCUGAGGAGCGUGAAGCAGGUGAAAGCGAAUGAGGAGUACUACCAGCUGUUAAUGUCCGGUGAGCACUGUCCCUCCGGCCUCGCCGUGCCCUCCUGCACGGUAGAAGAGAUCGAGAACGUUGCCUCUGAGUACAUUGUGAAGAAUGGGGAGAUGUUUGCCGUGGCCGUGGCCGUGGCCACUGGGAAGAUUCUGUACAUCUCCAACCAAGUUGUGUCCAUGUUUCACUGCAAGAAGGACACCUUCACGGAUGCCAAGUUCGUGGAGUUCCUGGCACCUCACGAUGUCGGCGUGUUCCACAGCUCCACCACCCCGCGCAAGCUUCCCUCGUGGGGCACCUGCCGCGGCGUGGAUUCCUUCACUCAAGAGUGCAUGGAGGAGAAAUCUUUCUUUUGUCGUGUCAGCGCCGGCCGCAGCCACGAGGGCGAGCUCCGCUACCGGCCCUUCCGCAUGACGCCCUACCUGGUGCGCGUGCGCGGCCCGCCGGGCGCCGGCUGCCAGCUGGGCUGCGUGCUGCUGGCGGAGCGGGUGCACUCGGGCUACGAAGCCCCUAGAAUUCCGCCUGAAAAGAGAAUUUUUACAACCACACACACCCCUAGUUGUUUGUUCCAGGAUGUGGACGAAAGGGCAGUCCCCCUCCUGGGCUAUCUACCUCAAGACCUGAUGGAGACCCCCGUGCUCCUGCAGCUGCACCCCAGCGACAGGCCCUUGAUGCUCGCCAUCCACAAAAAGAUCCUGCAGUCGGGCGGGCAGCCUUUCGACUACUCUCCCAUUCGGUUCCGCGCCCGCAACGGGGAGUACGUCACGCUGGACACCAGCUGGUCCAGCUUCAUCAACCCGUGGAGCCGGAAGAUUUCCUUCAUCAUCGGGAGACACCGAGUCAGGGUGGGCCCUUUAAACGAGGACGUGUUUGCGGCUCCCAGGUGCGUGGAGGAGAAGGCCCUGCACCCCGGCGUUCAGGAGCUCACGGAGCAGAUCUACAGGCUGUUGCUGCAGCCCGUCCCGCACAGCGGCUCCAGCGGCUACGGGAGCCUGGGCAGCAACGGGUCCCACGAGCCCCUCAUGAGCCAGACCUCCUCCAGCGACAGCAAUGGCCACGAGGACGCGCGCCGCAGGAGACCAGCAGUUUGUAAAAAUGGUAACAAGGCCAAAAGCAAAAGUCAUUAUUCUCUUGAAUCUGGAGAACAAAAGAGAAAAAUUGUAACAGAAGUGCAAAGUAGCUCCCCUGUUCAGCUGAACGCCGUCUCAGCUGCAGAAAGAGACAGUGGCAGUGCCAGCCUGCCCAAGGUGGGCUUUGCAGAGGAGCUGGCCUGCAGGGACCAGCCCGCCUGCUCCUACCAACAAAUUAGCUGUCUGGACAGCGUCCUCAGGUACCUGGAGAGCUGCAGCGAGGCCGCCAGACUCAAGAGGAAGUGUGAGUCCCCGGCAAAUAUCCCCACGCUGAACUCCAGCGAUAAGCGCAAGGCCACGGGCAGCACGGGGCUGCAGCCCGCAGGGGCGGUGGCGCUGGUGCACACGGCUCUGCUGGAGCCCCCGGAGGUGAACAGCCACGCAGACGUGGGCGCUCGCUUCGCCCCCCUGGUGCUGCCUGGCAAGGCGGAAAGCAUGGCGUCCCUCACCAGCCAGUGCAGCUACAGCAGCACCAUCGUGCAUGUCGGGGACAAGAAGCCACAGCCAGAGCUAGAAAUGAUAGAAGAUGCCACGAGUGGGGCCGAGUCCCUGGAGGGCCGGGCCGGCCCUGCCCCGAGCCGCAGCCUCAGCCCCGACCAGGAGCCCUUGGCGCAGCUGGGCCUCACCAAGGAAGUGCUGGCGGCUCACACCCUGAAGGAGGAGCAGAGCUUUCUGCAUAAGUUCAAGGAAGUAAGGAGACGCAACGUUUUCCAGUCUCGCUGCCAUUAUUACCUACAAGAAGGAUCCAAGGGGCCGCUGAGCGAGCGAACUGCUCCUGGAUUAAGAAGUACUUUUGGGAUCGAGUCAUCUUGGAAAAAAACUGGGAAGAACAGAAAGCUGAAGACCAAACGGGCCAGGCCCAGCAGGUCCUCCAAGAGCUCGGCGUCUGGGGGGCCGGCACCCCCACAGCCCCCGCUUGUGGGCCUCAGCGCCACGGCCUGGGCGCCAUCCCAGCCCAGCCGCCCCGCGGCACCCUUCCCCGGCCCGGUGGCCGCCUUCCCGCUGCCCGUGUUCCCGGCGCCCGCGGCCCCGGUCAUGGCCUUCGUGGUCCCCGGCUUCCCCUUCCCCGCCGCGCCACCGGGCCUGCCCGUGCCCCCCUGCCCCGGCCAGCCCCUGCCCGCCGCCGAGACGCCCCCGGGCCGGACCCUGCUCCCCAUGCCGCCGGCUGCCGGGACCGUAGGCAGGGCCUCGCCGCUCUUCCAGUCCCGCGGCAGCUCGCCCCUGCAGCUCAACCUGCUGCAGCUGGAGGAGGCCCCCAACGGCACUGAAUGCCAGGCUGGCAUGGCACGGGGCCGCCCGCCUCAGGCGCCUCCUGUGCUCCGCCAGCCCACCGAUGCCCACAACAGCGACGCCCUCUCCACGUCCAGCGACCUGCUUGACCUCUUGCUGAACGAAGACCUCUGCUCGGCCACUGGCUCGGCCCUGUCCGGGAGCGGGGCCUCCGCCACCUCGGAUUCUCUGGGUUCUGGGUCGCUGGGCUGUGACGCAGCCAGAAGUGGGACAGGCAGCAGUGACACAAGUCACACCCGCAAGUAUUUCGGCAGCAUUAACUCUUCAGAGAAUAAUUGCGGUGCACGGAUGAGUGCGGCCACGGAGGACAGCCAGUGCAUCCUCAAGCGCACACUCCAGGACCCCGUCUGGCUGCUGAUGGCCAACACGGAUGGCGGCGUCAUGAUGACCUAUCAGAUGCCUUCCCGAAACUUGGAAUCAGUUUUGAAGGAGGACAGAGAGAAGCUGAAACUACUGCAGAAAUUCCAGCCCCGGUUCACAGAGGCCCAGAAGCAGGAGCUGCGAGAGGUCCACCCUUGGGUGCGGGCGGGCAGGCUGCCCACAGCCAUCCACGUGGCGGAAUGUGUUUACUGUGAAAACGAGGAAAAAGGCAGCAUUUGUGUGCGGUACAAGGAAGACAUUCCUGCUGUGGGGCUCAGCGACGUGACGGAUGCCAAAGAAGGGGAAAACGGACACCGCCCGGGUCAGGAAGACAAAAAAAGACGUAGAGUCCCCCUCCGCCCAGCCCCGAGGGGCAGCGACCUGCGUUAGGCGGGACUUAGAAGAGGCCGAGGAGGGUCUUCCCGUUUGUUUCUAAGGAAAUGAACACAUAAACAUAUUGCUUUUUUGUUUUAGAAAAAAACAUAGUUUAUCAGAAGUGAUUUAAAACACUGUGGAGUCAGGGGAGGUUGGGAAGAAAUAUGUUUUAUAUCUAAAGUGUAAAUGCAGAGUUUGGGGGAACAGGGGAAGAGAGUCAAGUGUACCAUUUGAACUUGAGAAAGACUCUAAAACCUUGUGAGUGUGAGGGAAGUCACCUCGGCUCUCAUGGAAGUCCUUCCCCAGCCAGAGCCCAGCGUCCGCUGACCCCAGUAGCGUCCUACCAGGCUGUGACAAACAGCUGGACGCCACAUGUGGCUCAGCUGAGGACACUGGCCUUCCAGAACCUUCCCAAGAUGUGUUGGGAUUGGAGUCUUGUCCAUGUCAUGAAAAUGUUCAGAUGAAAUUCCAUCCUCCCUCCAGGGCUGCUUUUUAUCUAAAUUGUCAAUUAUUUGAGCUAGAAAUUUUUAACACACCAAAUGGAGACAACAGCCUCUCCUAAUUUUAUUUCAAAAUGUUUCACAUUGAAUGGCGCGAAGCCUAGUUUGGCAGACUGGCGGCUUUGGCUUUAGGUACAGGAGUGGUAAACACCUCGAUCUGAUAGGGCUUUUGUUUACAGAGACCGAGCUUGAAAUGCUCACGGUGGACUCAAGAAGUCUAGUGGUUUCUGUUACCAACUCUAGAAAUGGAGUCAUCUCCACAAAGACCCUUCCAUGUGCUUCUCCUUCGUUCUUGUAUCCAUUUCAAACCCUGACAACCAAUGCGAAGAUAAAAAUCUGUAGUCAGUCAUCUGCAGGGUGGCUUCCCCUGCAAAUCAGGCAUGCAGAUAAGGGCAUGACUGCACUGACCACCACAUUUGGAACCCAUGUGUGUUUGUUCUGUUGGAGCCUCCAGACAUCAAGUCUGGCCCAGCCAAGCUGAGCAGAGCUGCCGGCUGACGCCGUGCCAUUCUGUGUUGCCGGGGGCACAGUGCGCACCCCACCCCGGGGCCCCUGGGCUGGAGCACCGGCCCUCAUUCUUCCAAUGGAGCUGACCGUGCCUGGCACAGCUCCUGGUCUCCGCCAGCUGAUGUCUGUUUUCAGGGCAGCCUGGCUCUCGGGAAGAGGGAGGCCAGGCUUCCCUAGGUUUUGCAAAGCCUCAGGUGGUGUCACAUACCCAAGGAUUGUCUGCAGAAAUUUAAUAAUGGUCCCUGGUGUGGAUAGGUUGCCACUGAUGGGACAACGGACUUAAAAUUGGACUGAGCCUGUAGAGGCUUGAAUGGAACAGGGUUUCCCUGGUUCUUUGAUGGCAAAGCUGCUACUAGGUAGGUGAAGUCUUCAUGUAACCCAGGUGGUUUUCACAGUAAACCCAUUUUAUGGCUGAAUCUUAACCCCCAUUUUUUUCAUAAACUCAAGCCCAAGAAUCCCGUGUUGUUGAUUUUUUAAUUUUCGAAUGAACAUCACCCUUAGAUGCCCAAGAUACGGUAGUAGUGUACGCUUGUGUUGGGCAAGUAGAUGCUCUCAGCUGCUCCCUGCCUCUGAAAUCAGGUAGUUACGGGGAUGGACUGUAGUCUGAAGUUACCUUCAUGUUACCUGGACACUGUCUCACUCUGCUGCUGUGGGAGGUUACCAUCAGCAUUAUUUUAUUAUUUAAUUUAUCCCCACCGAUCGUCCCGCUGCAUAGCUUCGCGGCGUGCAGAGCAGUCAGCUUGUAGGAGCGUUCCGUGUCGAUGUUUACAUGGGGCCAUGCUUCGAGUUGUGUGUUUUCUGUAGUAUGUGUGCAUACGUGAGUGUUUUGGAAACUUUUUCUCGAUUUUAAACUGAGCCUUCUUUUUAAUAUGUUUCUAAAGAGAUUUGUAAAUAAGCUCCCAGACUUCGUGGAAUGGCUUGCUGAGCCUUGCCGGACAAGUGGUUUGUUUGUGUGCAGAACAAGCUUUCCUCUCCCAGUGCAAUAUAUUUGUUUGGCUGCUUGUGUCUUUUUAUGACUUUUUUGCCUUUUAGAAAAUUGGUAAAUAAAGCAAGUAUAUUUUUAUUUUUAA